AAAAGUUCAGUGUCAGUGUGGGAGGGUGUAUUGCCGGUUAAACAGGAAGAAAAUAGUUUUAUACAUGCCUGGAUUAACAGAAAAUAUCUAAAACAUUUAGAGACACAGGACAACAGGAGCCAGAGGAAAGAGUACACCAUGAAGAUCAUUUUGUGGAAAGUCGUGUGUGUUGUAUGCACUCUAUUCCUUAAUGCUACAGGUUCAGUGUCUCAGCUCAGAGUUUGUGGUCAGGCUCCACUGAACAACAAGAUUGUUGGUGGUCAAGAUGCUGCUCUUGGUUCCUGGCCUUGGCAGGUUAUUGUUCAGUCAGCAAACCACCUCUGUGGUGGCAGUCUGAUCAGUCAGAACUGGGUCUUAACAGCUGCUCACUGUUUGGAAAUGAACGGAAUACCUUUUACUGCACCUCAAAUCUCAGUCUCACGACGACUUGAAAAUGGGACUGUAAUGGAGACAAUAAAUGCUAUUAAACUGAUCAUCCACGAAGGCUAUAAUGAUAACACUCUGGUCAAUGACAUUGCACUAGUCCAGCUCUCCUCUUCAGUGCAGUUUAAUGAUUAUUUCCGUCCGGUGUGUCUUGCUGCAAGCACCAGUUCUUUUCCAAGUGGUACCAAUGUCUGGGCCACAGGAUGGGGUAAAAUCAGUAAUAUUAAUUUGCAGCUCGCUCAAAAGCUGCAGGAGGUGAAGUUGCAGAUUAUCGAUAACAGUGACUGUGCACAAAUAUUAACACCAAUUAUGAUCACAGACGGUAUGAUGUGUGCUCUCUCUCCUGUGGGUGGACAUGACAUAUGCCAGGGAGAUUCUGGUGGUCCACUGGAGGUGAAAUUUAAUGGAAGCUGGAUUCAGGGUGGGAUUGUGAGCUUUAACACUCAACGUGGAUGUGCUGUUCCAUCUAUACCCAGUGGGUAUACCAGAGUGUCUCAGUACGAAGACUGGAUCAAUAGCAACACAGGCAACAAUCAACCAGAAUUUGUUGCAUUCUCAUUUGGCAGUUACAUCUCCCCCAACCUCUUCUGCCUUUUUUCUUUCACCAUCAUCCCCUUCCUUCUCCCGUCCUUAUUCACCUACUAGCGAUGUUAGCCAAAUUAGAGACACAAGCACCAAGCACAGAAAGUAAUCUAACAGUCUUUACUUAAAUUUUGAACUUAAUUUUCUACAAAGCUUGUUAUUUUCAUGUGAAACGAAGAGACAAAACCUAUAAGCUUGUGUCUGAAAACUAAAGUCUGCAUAAAUAUUCAAAAGCAAAUUUAGGCAUAUUUGUUACAAAGAACGUUUUAAUCAUGAGAAUUUCUAGUUUCAAAUUAAUUUCUGAUGAAUUCAUGUUUAAUAAACAGUCAUGGGGAAAAAAGUACACCCUCCAUCAUUCAGUGUUUUAUCAGUUUUCCAACAUUUAAUCGCAACCCCUUAAGUGUGAAAUUGAGUUUCAGAAUUUGCUCCUCUUUCAUUACCAGCUGGCAUCAUUACCAUUUUUGAUGCUUUAAAUAAUUGAGUGAAUUUGUUUAUGGCUUUAUUCUGCCUGAUACAGUAUAUAACAGUGACAGCAGCAUGUAUCUUCAAACUCUUUUCAACUGGCAUCAUCUGCUGGAAGGCUGUGUGACUUUGUGGGUAAAGCAAUUUCUGAAAGAUGCCCUUUUUUUUUUCCAUAUGACCUAGAAUAAAAUAGACUCCAUUCGGAGUAUUUUAUCUCUAUCUUUCUUCAACAUAAAUACCAUUCACUUCUGACUUGCUUCUUAUGGAUGUAAAUGUACAUUAAAUAACUGUAAACCUGCUUUGUGACAAUGCCCAUUGUUGAAAUAGAUGAAUAAACACAAUGUGAUUUAAUUUUA